GGCCGGCCGCCCUUCGGCCGUGUUUUGCAUGCACUGAUAAUUCGUCAAACACUGUUCCCGAUAAUUGUCCACCGUUCCUUGCGUUCGUUUAGUUUCUUGUUUUUUGAUUACUCCUGAUCAAUAUGGGCAAUACUUGCGGCAAGAAGAAAUCCACGGCCACGGAAGAUGUGGUGAGCGUUGAUUGGCUGGACGAUAACAAAGAUCAUGUGGUCAUACUGGAUGCGACUUAUGAUAUGAAAGUCAAACCCGAUUACAAAGAGUUCAAAGAGAAGUACUACGGGAAAUUCGAUGACUUAAUGAAUCUCAAGACCAGCUUUGCGGAGACCUAUGCGAAGGAACAUAUUCCGGGAGCAACGCUGUUCAAUUGUGAUGCAGCUUAUUACCCCAGCCAAUAUAUUCGUUUCGACCUUUACCCACCAGAGGAGUUCGAGAAAUAUGUGCGUUUGUUGGGCGUAGAUAAAGGGGACCACGUUAUAAUUUACUCAAGAGGUAACUUUGGUGGGAUGAUGUGGGCUGCACGAGCUUGGUGGACUUUCAAGGUGUACGGUCAUAAUAAGGUCUCCGUUCUAAACGGCGGGAUUGAGGCGUGGAAAAGAGCUGGAAAAGAAGUGACCAGUGAAGUUGCAGAUGCUAAACGUGGUAAUUGGACAGCAAAGCCAAUUGACAACUCUCAGCUUAUUACGUUUGAGGAAUUGAACGAGAAGAAAGCCGGCGGAAAGUCUUUGUUUGAAGAUUUGUCAAAGAUCAACUAUCUGGACGCGAGACCAGCAGCAUCAUUUUAUGUAGGCGUCAAAACCGUCUGGCCUAUUAAUUCAGGAGGCCCUGGAUCUCAUUUGCAAGGUUCUAAAAACGUACCAUUAGAUGAGGUUGUCACUGAGAAUGGAUUGAAGUCCAAGGAACAAAUUGUAGAGGCUCUCGAAGAUGCCGGCUUUGAUGGCAACCUACCAAUAGUGACAGGUUGUAACGGAGGCGUUCAAGCAUCUUUACUUUCAUUGGCACUGAAAUCCGUUGUCGGAAAGGAAUCUCGACUGUAUAAUGGUAGCCUAAUCGAAAUCGGCCAACGUGCACCUGACUUGAUCCAUGUACUAGCCAAGGUCAAGUAGUACAGCUCUUUGCCUCCUUAUUUUUGCCACUGACAUUGUUGAUAUUGUUAUUUAAUUUGAUAUUUUGCAUGUGAUAAGCAUAAGCUGGUGUGUAUAUAGAGGU